AUGCCUGUUCUUUCCAGCCUAAAACUCACGGCCCUUGGCCUUCUUCUAGCAUAUCUAUUUGGAGUAGUGAGUGGCCUGGAUGUGCCGGGAGCGGACAGCGCAGGUGGUGGAGGGCUUGGUAAGGCUCUACCUGGACUUGGUGCAACAGGGGGCUUGGGAGAGACAGUUCAGGGUCUUGGUAUUGAUCAAAUUCUCAAUCUUGACCUAGACAAUCAAAAGAAACUCGUUGGUGUAGGAGGCCAGCAGGGUGAAGCAAAGAUCGACGUUCUGGCCGCAAGGCGUGCUAGAGAGAACAACAGUACAGUUGAGGAGGAGAAGCAAAAGAUCAAGGAUAAUCAAAAGAACGACAAGAAUACAAAGCAAAAGGCGGAAGAAGACCUGAUAGCAGGUCGCCUCAAUGCAUUCUAUGCAUAUGGCAUGCAGAGUGUCGGGCAGAAGGUUCGUCCCAAAUGGGUUCUGAUCUUCGAGAAUGCAUUCACUGCCCAUGCAUAUUUCGGCCAGGUGAUGCAAGACUAUCAGGAGUAUUACAAAAAGAGCAGAGAGAACUCCAAGGAUCCACGUCCUCAUCCACAGAUCUUCAUUUUCCCUCAUGGUGUCGGGCCGGACGAUUUGGAGCGAGUCAAUAGAUACAAGGACUAUGCCAACAAGUUGUUCUUCAACCCAGUUGAUGAGAAGACUAUGCAGCUGCCUGUCAUUCCUGUGCAGGACAAGUAUGGUUAUAUCUUACACAGCACUAGUUAG